AUGGCUCUUGGCACAAUUGUUGAAGAGCAUUUUCACCACCCACCGCUGCCGUCGUCACCGCCUUCCUGCAAGACGACGACGAAUUCUGAACCGCCGCCACUGAUACUACCGCCACAGAUUCGUACCAAUGAGAUGACACUAGGUGAAAGAGUUUCUAAAUACAUUAUCGAAGCAAGAUGUACGGACAACAUACUUUUCUCUGGAGCCAUGGCUGUCGGUGGUUUCGUAUUAGUGAUGCAAACAUUUCCGAUUUUUAUGAACAACUGGGUAUUCCUUACCGAACCUCGUGGAAUCAACAAAACUAAUGAAAACGGUGAACAAUUAGAAUCAACAUUUCACUACAAUACGGGUUACUUUCAAAUUUGUCGAGUUCAUAUCAACAAUAAUUCUGGAAUUAUGUACGAUGAAUUAGAAAUACCACCCUCAGAGAGUGAAUACAAGUGCUACCUGAACCCUCUCUUCUCACAAGUCGACCUUACAGACGUUUCUCUCGCUUCUCUCGCGGUAAUUAUCAGACUUGGUUUACCUGCCUUACUUCACGUAAGCGGUGCACUUGUAUGCUGUUUCGCAUUUUUUCUGGGAGUUGUGGGACAUAUUCGAUCGUCGUUUUACACAUUGUUCUCCUCAAUAACAUAUAUUUGUGGAAGUAUAAUUCUAUGCAUCGCUGUUUUAAUGGUUGUCUGCGUAGUAGAUGAUGAGUUAGCGCCACGAAUGAAACCAAACGCUGCUGGAGAGCCAAGCAAGUUCAGCUACACCUAUGGCCCACCAUUCUUUUCAUCUGCACUAUCUUUCAUUCCAGUUCAGAUAUGUGCUUGCUUACAUGCUUUUCUAUACUUCAGAAGGUAUCCAUCAGUUGUUGAGAAGUUGAAAUUUGUUCCUGGAUUAGAAGCUAAAUUAAGACGAGCGCAACUUGACAAAGAGUUAGGGAUACCACCAUUAGAAAGUUUUCGGAGAGGUUCCCUUGCAUCUUAUCUUCCGAUUCCAAGCUUUUCACAAGGUUCCCGGCGGAAUUCAAGGAGAUCCAGCCAAGCAUCAUUUUCAAAUCCCAGCCUGCUUUUUAUGCAAGACGUUUAA